AUGUCUUAUCCAAAAUAACACCCUUCAAAAACUAUGCCUUUAGGGGACGUAAGGACUCAAGUUAAAUCCUAAAAGCGAGAACAAAUUAAGUUAAUGUUGAUCAAUAAGUUUAGACUGAAGUACAACGCUUAAAAGUCAACUGAUUCAGAAGAGAUCGAUUAGUAUAUUCGCGAAGAAGUUGAAAACUUAAUGAGUACGACUCAGUUAUCUGAAGUAGAUCUUAAAAACUUAGACAGAAAAUUAAGAUAAAAAUAUGGAUCAUCUGCUGAUCAACGAACAUUUGAAUUAUAAAGUAGUGUAUCACAAAAAUCUAUACACGCCAACGUUCAAAAGCAAUCCCAGAUCUUAAAGAGUUCUAUGUCUCAACGUAGUGAACUCUCUCUACACUCUUUGAAAUCUAAAACUGUUCUUGAAUAAACUGCAAACAAUUUGCAAAGUGUAAACGGCGAUGCUGGAGAAGAGGCUUGGGCUGAUAUUGUGAGAUUUAACACAAUCUAAUACUAAUAAGAGUAAGAGGAACUCAAACGCAAAAAGGAAGAGCAAAAACUUAGAGUCCGCGAAGAAUUGGCUAAGUAGAUGGAGGAGCGCAAACUUGGAAAAAAGAUUGAGAAGCAAAGUGACCAGUAAUACUUUGAAAAGCAAAAGCAUUUUCUAGAAGAAUAGGAAAAGACAGAGAAGUAGAAGCAAUUUGAAUUGCAGCAAAAGAUAAAGCAAGAGGCAUAAACACGAUCAGAAUAGCUCUAAGCCACAAUAUAAAAGAGAAAUGAUGAAUUGAAAAUGGAAAGAAUGCAGGGUAAUCAGAUGAGACAAAAGAUGUAAGAUGAAUUGGAGUAGGAAAAAAGAAAACUUAAAGAGAGAAUGGAGAACUUCAAAAGAGAGCAAUCAGAAUAAUUGAUUAAUAACAAACUACUAAGAUAAGAAUAGUUAAAGAAAGAGCUAGAAUAAGAUAACAGACCACCUAGUGGUCAUGACUUAAUGCACUCAAUUUACUAGGAUAAAGUUCAUGUCAGUUAUGAGAAGCGUGCAAAGUAAGAUAAAAUUCAUGAGCAUAUCAAAGAGUAAAUCGAAAAUGGAGAGUCAAUCAGAAGAAUCAAUUAAGAGCAGAAAGCCCUUGAGAAAUACAUCAAGAAGAAGGAGGUUGAGGAUAAGUUGGCAGAUCACAAGAAAAGAUAAAUUAUUAAAAUGCAAGAAAUGGAAGCGAAACGUAUGCUUGACUUGUAAGUUGCUGAAAGAGAGUAAAAUAAAAAGCUUAGAAAAUUUGAGAACACUACUGAUGCUAAGUUCAUUGUUGAAGAAAUCAAAGUGUAAGGUGAAAUUGAGAAGAAAAAAUUAGAGGAAAUCUAAAUUAAAAACAAGACUCAGUUCUUUAGACUCAAGGAUCAGAUAGAAGAGAGAAAGAAGCCAAAGAAACUUGAUCCCAUAGAGUACGAUAUGAACAAAAAGCUGAUUGAGAAGAUUCAGACUGUAAAGGCAGGUAAUGGCUUGAGCAUGUCACAAUCCUAAGUAUUUGCCCCAUCACUCAGGGGCUCAAUGAGUGUUUUCCAACUCUGA